AUGCGCAGAUAUGAAGAUGUGCAGGCACUCUUAAUAUGCUGGAAGGAUGCAAUAAAGACUUUCCAAGAUCAGAGGACAGAGCUUCAGCGCGUGUUGAGAUCGCCUUACAAUUUUGGAGCCAAGGCUAUCGAUAUCCCAAGCACCGAUCCUGAAAAGUAUCUCGAGGACAAGAUCCGCAACUUUAGAGAAGCGCACGAUAAAGAGCAGAACCUGUUGCUGGUAUACUACGGUGGUCACGGGGAUGUAUUGAGGUUGGACGGCCAGUUGAUUAUCAAGUGCUUUGACGGAAUCCAGCAUCCUUACGUCGAGUGGAACACUCGUCAGAAGUCAUUCCUCAAAGGUUCCAAAGCAGAUACCCUGAUUAUCUUGGACUGCUGCCACUCCGCAUCUGCUAUAGAAUCCAUUUACUGUGGUCAGGACAACGUUGUCGAACUGCUCACAGCGUGCAGCAUUGAGGGGAAAGCACCUUUGAGAGGCAAUCAUUCAUUGACAAGCAAACUGACUGACCUGUUACAGUCAAAGGAGCUUUUUACAUCAGGAUUCGAUACUUCCUACCUUUAUAACCGCUUGGUUCAUUAUCAGAAGCUCAAAGGCCAGGUGUACCUGGGAGACGACGAGGACGAGAAAGGUGUUACGCCGCUCCGCAUAGUGCUCCUAUCACGCCGUGAGCAAUUUCGGAAUCUUCACAUUUGUCGGCGCAUCACACCGGAUAGUGAGGACGAAGAGAAUGAUGCAGAGAUAAACGGUGCCACAGGUCGUGAAUCGGAGCCGGGGAAACAAGACGGCCAAGAGUCUGGCGAGGCGGCUCAUCUAUCAGCAACCCACCGAUCUAAAUCAUAUUCCGACGUUGCGACCAACACGGAAUGGGACUUGGUCAUUAGACGAGAGUCAGCGGUCAGCAUUCAAAACCAAAGCGUCCGGUCUGUAUACGUUGAUGCUUGGACCAACACAACCACCGACACCGCUCCUCUAACCAAGAGACAACCGGCGAUUCAAGCACUCGGUCCGGUGCAGAUUGAACCUUUGACCUUCUAUAGAGAGCCCGCGACGCGAAGGCCUUGGAGGCGCAAAAUGGCAAUUGAGCAGGACGAGCAGGAACGUGAUCACCGGGCAUGGUUUCACAGAUACGCAAUCUUCUUGGGCCAAUGGGGAAUGGCUCGUGAAGAAGAGAACCGUACAAGCCCUUACAAGAUCGCGCUCCUCGGUACCGGGGUGGACUGCGCUCUCAUUCUCUCCCACGAUUGCCAUCAAGUUAUCCGUGGACGAAACUUUACCUCUACGGGUGAGAAUGGGAGCUGGGACCAGGAGCACGCCGGACAUGGGGCGUCUUGCUUGACGAUGUUAUUAGAAACGGCGCCAUUUGCCGAAUUCUUCAUUGCCAAAAUAACUGACCGACAGAGAAUUUCCAACGCCGACACCAUUGCCCAAAGCAUCGAAUAUUCCGUCAAAGAGUGGAAGGUCGACAUGAUCGUCCUACCGUUGGGACUUCAUAUUCACCACGACGGUGUUGCAAAUGCGAUAUCCCAAGCCAUCAGGCAAAACAUCAUCUGCCUGGCUGCAACGGGGAAUGACGGUGCAAACACUCGUGCAGCUUUCCCUGCCAGAAUGCACGGCGUCAUUCCGAUAUUCUCCACAGACAGCUACGGGAACCCGUCUCCUUACAACGCCUCUCCGAUGAGGGGGCGCAAAAACUUCAGCACGUUUGGGGAGAACGUCAUGGUCUGGAGAGACGACCGGACGGACGGGCCGUCGUACAAGAGCGGCACUUCCUUUGCGGUUUGCAUCGCGGCCGGCAUGCUGGCGGCGAUGCUGGUUUUUGCCCGGGACUACCUGCAACUCGACGAGAGGGACUGGAAUACCCUUCACACACCCGCUGGUGCUGAAAAGUACCUCGAGCUCAUGUCUUCCAGUCGGGGAGGGUACGAAUACGUUGCGCCGUGGCUGCUAAUAUCUAAUGAGAUAUUGAUGGAGAACAGCAGCGGGAGCGAGGUUGACUUUAAGAACGCCAUCAAGAGUCAGAUCGUUACGGCUCUGCGGCACCUAAGAUGA